AUACAAUCAAUGAAUCAAUCAAAUCUGUUUACUUAUUGCUGAGUGUUUUGCUGUGUUUACUCCCGAAGCGUUUAGAUGAAACUUGGUUAUAUUUUCUUCAUUACAUAAAUUAUUAAAUCAAAAAAAGAUACUAAAUAAUUGACAUUUAGUAGUUUUAUGAAGUGUUAUUUACAGAACUUUGAGUCGCCUUGUUGAAGAUGAAUAUUCUACCCAAGAAAAGCUGGCAUGUGCGUACUAAACGCAAUAUUGAAAGAGUACGCCGUGAUGAAGCUAAAGCUGCUGAAGAAGAAAAAGAACUGAAACGUCGAAUUCGUCUUGCGGAGCAAGAAGCCAGGACAGAUCUAUUGCGAAAGAAAGCUAAAUCUGAUACAUCCUUAACAGGGUCUGAUAAUGAAAUACCAUUUACAAGAUCUAACACUGAAUCUUCAAAAAUUUAUGAUGCCAAUAAACACAUUAAUUUUUUCCAAGAAAUGGAGGAUGCUGGUGGAUACAGUGGAGGUGUUAAUAAAGAACAUGAAGAAGAAGAGAAAGCUCGGAAAGAAAAAUAUGAAAAGGACAUUGGGUUACUGACUUACUUAGGCCAAAGUUCUUUAGAAGCAAAAGGCGAAGCUCCUUGGUAUCUCAAGUCUAGUUCUGCUGUGUUGUCACCAGAUGGGAAAGAAGAAACACCGCAUUCAAAACAAAAAUCUAGAAUUGAUCCCUUAGUUGAAAUGAAUAAAUUCUUGUCAAUGAAACAGAAACAAUCAGAUGGUAAAGUAACAUAUAUACAUGAAAAGGAGAAAUCAAAUACCAGUAAUAAUUCAAGCAAAAAUGAGUCACCUCCCAAGAAGCUCUCCAAAAUAGAAGAGCUUAGAGCAAAACGUCUGAAAAGAGAAGCAGAAGAGAAAAGAAAGUCACAACAAUUUUUGGAACACCUUAGUAAAGGUACCUCUAAAACAGAUGAAGUCAUUCUUGAUGAUAGAGCUAGAAAAUACAACUCCCAAUUUAAUCCUCAUCUAGCCAGAAAUAAUUUGUAUACCAGAGAAUAUUAAUGAAUACAAAGAACAUUCAUUAUUUGUAUAAUUUGUACAUGUCUGAUGUAAAUAUUUGAGAUCAAUAUAUUUUUAUUGUACCAUGUU